AUGAGUGAACAAGCCCCAAAGAACAAGUCAACCCCUAGAAGAAGAUACUACAACAAAAACAAGAACAAAAAAGGUGCACAAAAGGACAAUAAUCUUUCAAGUAAUAGUUCAUCAUCAGCUUCACUUAGUUCACUUCAAUCAAAUAAAUCAAGAUCUGCCCAAAGGAAACCACAACUAAACCCAGCAGAUUCAAGAGAUGGAGAGAUCAGAUCCCUAAUAUAUAAGCUCUCUAUAUUGAAAACUUUCAAAUUGAUUAAUUCAAAUAGUAAACAAAAAACUUUCAGAAUUGAUAUCAAUAAUGAUUCAUAUAAAUUCUUAAUACCCAUUGAUAAAAAACAUUCAACAUCUAUACAAUCAAUUGAAGAGUUAAGCCAUAAUAAAUUUGUUAUAAGGAAUUUCAACUCAAAGGCUAAAUCUAAUGAUAAAUCGUUAUUGUUUUAUGUUAACUAUUUGAUCAACAAUUAUGAAAAUUUAUCAAUGAAUCCAAGUGAUUAUCAAUCUUUUGAAGUUAAUAAACUAAUAUAA